AUGUCCUCUACUGAAACUCAGACUCGAAGCUCAGCCUUCGACGAACUCUACGCAAAGACGCUCUCUUUCAGGCCUCCUCUUCUGCAUCCGCCAAAACCACAUACACCCUCGCUUGCUGACCCAAUUUCCUCUCUCCGUGUGCAUCCUGCUCUCGAGGCUGCUCUUCAUAUCCUCAAUUAUGACCUCCCAUCUGCACACUUCCUCGGUGAUUAUGACAAUGCCCGGGCAUGGUAUAAAGACGUGAGCGACACUGAGGUGAUGGAGAAGGUAUGGGGUAAGGGAGAAGGUGUCAAGGGUGGAAAGGCGGAGAAGUUCAUUUCGGAGGUGCAAGACUUGGACCAAAGGCUCAGAAAGGGAGAGAAGGGCGAAGGGGUGGAGAAAGAACAAACAAGACUUGAGAAUGAGAGUAAGCGGGAGUUGAAGGGGAUUGUGGACUAUUGUUUGAACACCAUGGGAAGAGGUGUGUGGCAGGACGCAAGAGGCGCUUAUGUGGAGAGUAGCGAGAAGAUCAAAAAGAUGGGACAGGAUCAGACGACAGGGCCAGGAGGAAUGAGGAAGUUUUAG